AUGUUUACAUUGUUGGUUCUGUCAUGUGUUUUGGCACAGGAUCCACCUGUUGACCCACCAGCACCAGUGGACAUUAGUACACUCUACACCAUUAGCCAGCCUAAAUGCUCAUUCUCAAUGGGCGAGUUGAUACCAAACGCCACCUAUCCAACAACCAUCUUCAAAAACUCAAAUGGUGACCUGUUAACUGCACCAUACUACUUUGAGGCUGGUGUCUACACCAUCCAAGCCAAUGUCACCGCCACCGAUUUUAAUACUACAACAAUACUCAUAAACUAUGGUCCAUAUAUGAAAUCAUCACCAGUGUAUACUGUUGUCCAACCAGUGUGUGGCAAUAGCACUGGAUCAGUGACAUUGACAACCCCGAGCGGAUUGACCUACAUCAAUGUAUCUCUAAAGAAUACAUCCAACAUCGACCAGACAUUGUCAGAUGACAAGGUGACAUUCGCCAAUCUUCCAAGUGGAAAAUAUACACUCUCAUUGAACAGCACUGAUUGUGGAGUUCAGAUGAUCAGAUUGGAGUUGGUGUCAUCAUCGCCCAGAUUGACACUUACUCUCAACGCCUCGCCCUGUGUGCGCCAGUCAACCGUUGCCGUAUCUCUGCCCGCCGGUUUCACCGACGCUGCACCCGAGUUCAAGGCCAAUGGACAGCCAGUGGUCAAUGGCAGCUUCGCACUGGACGGCUCCCCUUCGGUCCUCGUCACCUACACCGGCAAUGGAUGUAAGUCAUCAGAGACCUUCUCGCAGGGCUUGUUGGUGCCAGUGUACGCCAUCGAUGUGCAUCAGACCAACGUCAAGACGACGGUCAUCAACAACAUCAACAACGUGACGACAGUAUGCACUCAACAGUAUGCCAACAUCUCUUUGCACUACGACAGCACAGUGUUUAGCGAUUUGGUCGUGCUCAACUCUUCAAACCUCAACGUCGAAAUCACCUACAACUCAUUCAUUGCUCCAUAUGGCUCGACAUUCACGUUGACCUCUGCCAAGUGCUCGAUGGACACCACCAAGAACAUCCUGCGCCAGUUCACAGUGACCCCACCCGCACCAGUGAUCACAGUUGCACCACCUCCCCAGGUCAGCGUCUCCCUCCCACCCACCGGAUGUCUUCGCUCAGCAGUUGUAUCUGUUGUCAACUUCCUCGACUACUCAUCGAUCAAUCUGAACGUAGGCCUUUCAAAUGGCACCAUGAUCAGGAUAGACCACAAGAAUGGCAUCUUCUCAAAUGUGCCCGCUGCCUCCAACAUCACGUUGGAGUACAUCUAUGGUGAGACUGGACAGUGCGACGACCCGUACCGUGUGGCCCCACUCAGACUCCCAGUUCAACUGGUGGACAUCACAGCCAACAAGCUUUCAUCAAAGGUUGAGGAGACCCUGAUUGCCAAUGCCACCCAGUGCUCAUUGGGUACCGUCAGCUUCAACCUCGUUAAACUGUCGCCAGAGUUGUUUGCCUCCAACUUCACAUACAACUUUGUGGCUGGACAGAAUGUGCUGCUCAACUUCACCACGAUCUAUGGAUGCGUGGCACAGUACAAUUGGACAGCACCAAUCGCCGUCCAGUACGAUGUCCCCUUGCCAGUGGUCACCAAGAACAACACUUGCAAGUACUCGAUGGACUCUGUGCUCGAGAUCCAAGGCAACUUCUCCAACAUUGCCAACAUCUCUAUUGAUGGCGCCAUCAUGCCACUCAAUAAGUUGUACUCUGGUCUGACCGUUGGCGCACACAACAUCUCGUUCGGUCUUGUCUGUCCCUCGACCACCUACUACCUCACGACAUUUAGCAUCUUUAGUGACAGUGACUUUGUCCUAAGCUACACCGUCUCGAAGAAGGAUGAUUCCUGUAACUCGACCGAUACACAGGCCAAGAUUACAAUCAAUCCAAAGCCUACCUUUGACGUACUACUUGAUGGCACCGUAGCCUACAACGACACUGAGGGUGGAUGGAUUGUCAAUGCCGCUCCUCACAACCUGACUUUCACCAACGCACAGUGCAAUGGUUCACUCCAAAUCAAAGAAUCAGAACUGAUCGUCGAGACCAUCACAAUUGACGCCAAGGUGAUCAACCCGAAUGAGACUUGCAGUGGCUCAAAGGAUGGUUCAGUGACGUUCAAGGCAUCGAAUGACGUCGCCAUCAAGACAAUUGUUGUCAAUGGUGUAGACACCUAUACCGAUAUAAGCACUAUCAACACACUCCCCGCUGGAAAGCACACCUUCCUGAUCAGCCUCAAUGACAGCAACUGUCAGUUCACCAAGGUGAUCACCAUCGGAUCCUACACCGAUGUGCCAUUCACAUUCGCCACAACGUCUCCCUCGGGAUGUGGUGUGAACACCGAUGGAGUUGUUAUUGUGUCGGCCACCAACCCAGACUUGAUCAAGGACUUCAAGGUCACAUCCGAUGUUGGCACAGUGCUCAACCAAACCAUCUACAAGUUGGCGGGCAACACCAACUUCACCGUAUUCAUUGGCUACAAGGAUGUGUGCAAAUACAACCGCACACUCAGUCUGACAUUGAGCAAUGAUUCUAUUCCAACACCAACCUUCACACUCAAUGCCGCCGACUGUGGAUUCACCAAUGGAAAGUUCCAGCUCAACAACACCAAGGACUACACCAAUGUCUACCUCACCAAUCUGGACCGCUCUUCGAUCGUAGCCGUCGGCACUGAUGGACAGUUCACCGGUCUGUCGUUCAACACCACCUACUACUUGACGGCCACACACGUGUCCACAGGAUGUCAGUUCAACAAUAUGUCCGUGACCACACCAGACUUUGUCGUCCAACUGGCCAACAACAUAAUCACACCUACCAAUGAGUUGUGUCAGGCUGGAUACACUGGUAGAUUGAACAUCAGCAGCAACUCAACAGACAGCAGCAGUGUCAAAUCAUUCUAUCGUCUGUUCAAGGACUCUGAUCAGAUGGUGGUGGUGGACACAUCUUUGGACGGAUUGUUUGACGAUAUGGUCAGCGGAUCAUACGUCUACCAACAGACAUUGAUUGCCAACCCAUUCUGCACCACCAAGGCGUCAAGCAUCAUCGAUGUCAGCUUUGAUAACAAUCCAUUGGUGGAUGUAGAUGCCUUUGGAACCUGCUCCAACGACUCUGGUUCUGGAUCAGUGUCUGCCACAGUUGGAGGACUACCCACUGGCAACUAUGCCACCAUCGUGCUCAAUGGAACAUUGUUGGAGAGAAGUCUAAACACCACCAACGGCACAGCCACUCUCCUUUCUGUCCCACCAGCAGACUAUAUCUUGAGGACAUGGGUCAACAUACCAACAUGUCGUAGAUACUUUGAGACACCAGUCACUGUGGAGAACACAAUGGGUGACCUCCAACUAUUUGUCAACAAGACAACAUGUGACUCUAUCAUCGUUAGCUCAAUCGGUGGUGGAUUACUCUCGGACAACACGACAGUGUACAACUUCACACUGACCGACACCACCAACAAGACAGCGCUGCCAGUUACCUUUGGCACUUCGACAGGCGAGUCCAAGACCUUCCCACUGGUUAGACGCCACAACUACACGUUGACAGUGACAUCCAACGGCAGAUGUUCAAUCACCUACUACAACGUCUCAUCGACACCAUGUGUGGACCCAACUCAUCCACCAGUGCCACCCAGAGAUACUGGUCUGAGCACGGGCCAAUUGGCCGGCAUCAUUGUCGGAGUAACACUUGGAGUGUCAGUGAUAGGUAUCAUUGCCUACAUUGUGAUCAGUAAGAAGAUGAGCGUUCAGUAUCACCAUCCCGUCGAGAUGGAUUCCCCACAAUAUAAACUUAUGAUGGAUGAGCAACAAUCAUAA